AAAAAUGAAGACGCCAGAGAAGCCCCAGGAAAAAUUGUGAUGUGCAGUAGCCCACAGAGCGAGGCCAUUGCGCAGAUCUCCAGCGGACCGUUCCUGGCACACAUGUGGCCGCCUUCACUCUCACUCUGAUUUUGCUGGAUCCGACUCGGGAGCGCUCGGCGGAGCCACAAGAUGCGCACUCCUGGCAGGGAGGAGCUUCUGGAUUUUUACACCACUUCUUUCACGCCACUCUUGAGUGAAGACUCGUUUUCCAAAGUAGGUAUCGCGGCGGAAGGUGUCAGUGCAGCCUCAGUGUCUUGGACCUUCCAGGAAAAAUGAGCCCACUAGACACAUACAACGGCACAACAGAAGCGUCCAGCAACAGCAGUGGUUCAUACCAACCUGGUUUCAACUCUGAUAUCACCAAGCACCUUGGUGUCCAAAUCACAUUAAUCAUGGCUUAUUCCUUAAUAAUCCUGCUGGGGCUGCUGGGCAAUUCCCUCGUCAUCUACAUGAUUAUUCGCUACAGGAACAUGCGGACAGUGACCAACUACUUCAUAGCUAACCUGGCCUUGGCAGACCUUCUGAUGGUCACGCUUUGUCUGCCCUUCACUCUGGUUUACACUCUUCUAGAUGAGUGGAAGUUUGGUGCCGUGCUGUGCCACAUGGUGCCUUUCGCCCAAGCGCUGAGUGUCCAUGUGUCCAUCCUGACCCUGACUGUGAUAGCGCUGGAGCGUUACCGCUGCAUCGUCUUCCACCUUGGUCGGCGCUUGACCUGGCGUUCCAGCCUCAUCAUUAUGGCCUUCACCUGGACGAUUUCCUCUGUCUUAGCAGCCCCGCUUGCCAUCUUCAGGGAGUACCGCUUCGAAGAAAUUCCCUCUAUCAACCUACGCAUGCCUGUCUGCUCUGAGAAGUGGCCCCACGGCCUCAACAGGGACGGAGUCAUCUACAGCCUCUCAAUGAUACUACUACUGUACAUUCUUCCUUUAGCCAUCAUCAGUUAUGCCUACAUAUGCAUCUGGGUCAAACUGAAGAACCACAUCAGUCCGUCCAACCGUAAUGACAGCAUCAGCCGACGCAAGAAGACCACAAAGAUGUUGGCGCUGGUGGUGGUGGUGUUUGCAACCAGCUGGCUGCCUUUGCACGUGCUGCAGCUGGCCACUGAUCUGGACCUGGUGCUCCAGGUCGAGGAGUAUAAGCUCAUAUUCACAGUGUUUCACAUCGUGGCUAUGUGCCCUACCUUCACCAACCCUCUCCUCUACGGAUGGAUGAAUAAAAACUACAGGAACGGCUUCCUGAUGGUGUUCCGCUGCGAGGACAAGGCAGAUUCUUUCCACCCAGAGGGCUCGUUCAGGACACGCUCCACAAGAGGGCCGACUGUGAACAGUCGUUCCGGCAGACACCCUCCCACCGCUGUAUGAGAUUUGUAUUGGGUGUAUGGAAAAUUUUGAACAUAUUAAGCAGACCUCUGCUUCAAGGGAUGUGUGGUUCAGAGGAACACUUGAAUGGUUUCAAUAUUAGGUGUGUUUCAGCUGUAUCUACUCUGAAGCUUUCACACCCUCACUUUAUUUCAAGAUCCUUGAAAAUUGUCCAUCCAUAAAGGUCCAAGGUACAUAUACUUUAGGUACGUUAACUCAUUAUGUAUGUCACUUCAAUACUGAGCUGCUGAGGUGUUGCUACUGCUGUCAGCCUCUUAAAAUGAACAAAGUCAAGACUAUAUGUCCUCUGUUGCUUCAAGUGAAUCUGUUUCCUGCUGUUUGAAUUCCAGCUGUGCAGUGGAAAAUGGGGUUAUUGUUGGUAAACAUAACAUUUAGGCUUGGUUAUUUGCACAGCUUCAGUGUGAUGCAGAGAUUUCCAUAUCAGACCAAUAAUAAGGCAGAAAUCUUUGAUUCUUUAACAGUGGUUAUCGUCUAAAACUGUAGUAGAAUCUCUCUAAACAAUGUGAAGAUAUUGAAGCUGCUCUCCUAUUUACUAUAUAUAUUGCCAUGUGUACAGGAGCUUAAAAUGUCUUACAUGAAUCUAAAAAUGUUAAAAAAAUAUAUUUUUUUGUAAUGAAAAUCAAUUCACAUAACAUUUUGGAAAUAUGCUCGUCACUUUUGAUACACUCCCAGUUUGAAUAACGCACGUGUUUUUGGAUUUGGGGUGUGGUAUUCAUCAUGUCAAAGUGUUUCAAAAUGAGCUACAUUGCUUUUGCCAUGACAUAAUCUAUUUUUCCUCCAUAUUUAUCAUAUUCUCAGUUGAAUGUCUUAAAAUGAAACUGUCAAUGCUUUUUGAAUAACCCAAGUGGUCAGAUAAGUAAGCCUAUACGCAGUAAGUAGGUAAUGCCAUCGGAGGAAAAUUAAGCAUCCAAGUGGAUCUUCAUCAGCACAGAGUGCUUGCAUAGUUACAUAAACAUGAUAUUAGUAAAUGGUAAUUGGUGUAAUAUUUAAGGGAUGGCACUUAUGCUGUGCAAUUCUACAAAUCCGAAAAAUAUGUAGCAGACUGACAUAGGUGGUGAAAGAAUAUUUUUAAAAUGUAUUAUUUUUCCUUCAUUGGUUUAUUUAUAUAAGGUCAAAUUUUCAGUGUCAGCAAGUUCUGAACACUUCAACAUUGUCAGCCUUGGCUAAUUUAAAAUGUAUAUCUCUAGUCGGGCUUCUGGUUAAUAUACAGUAUAUGUAUUAACCAUCCUGCAGUGUUAAAUGUGAAAAAGACGUUAAAAAAAAAGCAAAACCAAAAAAACAAAGCUAUUAGUGCCUAGUGCAUAUGUUGCAAACUAUAUUGGUUCUGAUAAAUACUGGAAAAUAUAAUCAUUUAAAAAUGUUCAACAACCAUCCCACCACAAAGCUCUACCCUGAAAGUUCAGGGUAAUCUCCAAAGCACCUACCUCCAUGCCCUGGUUACUGCAGCUGAAAUUAUGUGAGGGGACAAUAAGAGAGUGGUACUGGGAAAGAACAGAUUUCUAAUUUAUUCAAAUAUGUAGACAAAACAUCUCAUGUAAAUAUGUUUUACUGUAAAAAGAAGAUUUCUUGUUGCUUAAUAAUGUUGCUUAAUAAUGUCCAACUUUAUGGUGUAUUUUCUCGAGAGAGAAGACAGAGAUUAAUGUGACUGUUGAUGUAGACCGCUUAGAAUAAUUGGAUAAUUGUCUUCUCAUUCGUCCAAAUCCUCUAAUCUGGAAAAAUAAAAGUGUUACAGUGCAGUAUCAUGCAAUCCUCUUCCAAGAAGUCUGUAGGGCGCUGUCACUAAUAUUCUGUACAAACAGGAAGUUAAUUGUCUUCACCUGGACACCAGCUGUUCCUGAUUAGAUGGAGCUGCGGGACUCUGUGUCCAGAGGAAUGGGACUGGAAACCAGUGACCUGUGUGACGCCAGGACGGCACGCCGUUGAUGUCUUCAUUCCAGAUGCUCGUCCGAGGGGAUGUAAAAAAGAACAUCCAAUUCUGUAUUCAUUACGCUGCUGCUAAAGUGUCCUAUUUGUUGAUGGUUUUUAAUAAACGUGGGGACAUGAAUCGACCACGAGGCCCCUGGGCACAAGUAUCCAGUCUGGACCAGACACGCCGACAUCACAGCUGGUGUGUCUAUUAAAAGAAAUCAUUGUUUGUGCCUCUGUGUUGAAUAAAGAGGUCUUGGCUUAUGUAUGUGUGGACGUAAAAUACAUCUGGAGUCCCAGUAACUACUGAUUAAAGCAAAAAUAUGACAUGUGGAGCAGUGUUUUAAACCGAACACUGAUUUAAAGUUAGUGGUUAUAUAAAUCCUAGGAUUGGUAGCAUGUUGCAUUAGGAUACUGGAAAUGAUAACCCACAGACUAUG